UUGAAUUAUGUUAGUUUUAGCAGUUCAUUAUUAUUUACAAAUACAAUUGAAAUGUUAUGCAAAUUCAAAAAAAAAACUAGCAAUGAACACAGCUUCCACAGUACAACAUCUUCAAUUCCGAUAAAUGUAGCACUUAAUUCAUAUUUCUCAGAUUCCCUGAAAAACUUUAAUGUAAUUCAUAUAAAUGCCCAAAGCAUUCCGGCUCAUUAUCCCGACAUGCUUGCGUCCCUUGAAUCCCAUAACGUUCACGCCAUUCUAGUCUCUGAAUCUUGGUUGAAACCAUGCUUGCCAUCCACUUCUUAUUCAUUACCAGGAUUCCAUCUUAUUCGCAACGACCGUAUUGGAAGGGGGGGUGGUGGUGUGGCAAUCUAUCUCCGUUCUUAUUUACCUUUUGCGGUAGUAAGUUUGUCCCCCCAACCAUCUCCUUCUAAUGCGGCUGAGCAUCUCUUCAUUGAAGUAACCCUAUCCAAUACGAAAAUUCUUCUUGGCGUUUGUUACAGUCCUUCUCUUCAUAUUGACUAUUUCUCUUCUUUCGAAUUUUUAUUAGAAAAUUUAAUCCCAUUAUAUACUCACACUAUAAUCAUGGGUGACUUUAACACAUGCCUACUCAAGGGUGACUAUCGGUGUGAAAAGCUAAAAUCAUUAACCGAGGCAUGUAAUCUACAUAUAUUACCACUAUCUGCUACGCAUAAAAUGCCUGACUGUACUCCAUCACUACUUGACUUAAUUAUUGUAUCCUCUCCAGAUUUUGUCCUGAAGCAUGGCCAGCAUGACGCUGAUCUUUUCUCUCAUCAUGAUCUCUUGUUUCUUGCAUACAAAGUUCGUCCUCCUAAAGCAAAAUCGAGAAUUCUUCUGCAACGUAAUUUUGGUGGAAUGGACAAAGAACGUCUUCUGGAAGAUGCUCGUCGCAUGGACUGGUCAGCUGUUGAAAAUGCUUCAACAGUCGACUUGAAAGUCGAGUUAUUUAACUCCUUUCUUAUCCAACUUUAUGACAUCCAUGCCCCAGUAAAAUCAAUAAAAAUGAAACAUUUACCUGCACCUUGGUUAACUGAUAGUCUAAAAAAACUUAUUAUAAAAAAAGGAUUUGCUAAAAGUAAGUUAAAAGCUGAUAAAUCUGAGAAAAACUUACGAUAUUAUAAUAAAGUACGGAAUCGCUGCAAUACAUUGUGUAGGGAUGCACAAAGACGCCAUAUUCAUAAAUCCGUCGAAAACGGCGACGCAGCCAAAGUUUGGAAGUUUCUUCAGUCUCUUGGAGUUGGUAAAACAUCCAAUAAUUCUCCUCAUCAUAAUGUUGAUGUUGAAUUCCUUAACAAAUACUUCACCUGUUCUAGCACAUUAGAUAGCUCAGAUAAAGAUCGAACUCUGAGUAUUCUUUCUUCAAUACCAACUCCUGAUUUUCCACCGUUUAAUUUCUCUCCUUUCACUGAUAGUGAUGUUAAAAAGAACAUUUUGUCCAUCUCGUCCAAUGCCGUGGGUGAUGACAAUGUUAGUCGUAACAUGAUCUUACCUAUCCUAGAAUUUGUUACUCCUAUCCUUACCCAUAUCUUGAAUAAAUCCAUCUCCUCUUCAAAAUUUCCUGAUGUUUGGAAAAGUGCACUUGUAACGCCUCUCCCAAAAAAACCCCAUGCUUUGCAUUUUUCCGACUUUCGUCCUAUCUCAAUUCUCCCGUUUUUAUCCAAACUCCUGGAGAAACUAGUUUUCUUUCAGUUAAAUCUCUACCUAAAUAGAAAUUGUAUCCUGGAUCCUCUCCAAUCUGGUUUCCGAUCGGGUCAUAGUACGACAACAGCGUUGGUUAAAGUUACUGAUGACAUUCGACGAGGUAUGGAUAACAAACAGCUCACUGUGUUAGUAUUGCUUGAUUUUAGCAAUGCGUUUAACACUGUUGAUUUUGACAUCUUAUUGAGUGUGUUACGUUCUAUUAACAUAUCUCCUCCGGUGAUUGGCUGGUUUCAUAGUUAUCUUUACGGCCGACGGCAGCGUGUUCGCAUCGAAGAUGAGUUCUCAUCUUGGUGCGAAUUACGGGCUGGAGUGCCUCAGGGUGGUGUGCUGUCUCCUUUACUUUUUGCUAUAUUCAUUAAUUCUAUCUCUCAAAAUAUUACUUCUCUCUAUCACAUGUAUGCAGACGAUCUCCAAAUCUACACUCAGUCAACUCUGUUAAAUCUGCCUUCUGCUGUUGCCACCAUUAACAAUGACCUAGCGGCGAUAAACCAGUGGAGUCAGCGUUAUGGUCUAAAAAUUAAUCCGUUCAAGUCCCAGGCUAUAGUUAUUGGUGGUGGAGGGAUGGUCUCCAGAGUUGACUGGAACAACCUACCCUCGGUGACACUAAAUGACGUUGUCAUACCCUACAGUAAAUCUGUAAAAAAUCUGGGAAUAUAUCUAGAUUCUACCUUGUCGUGGUCGCAGCAGUUAAAACAAGUGAGCAAAAAGGUGUUUGCUACUAUGGGUUUACUUCGUCGUUUACGUUCUUUUCUCCCCAUUCCCACUAAGAUUAUGUUAGCACAAUCCUUACUUCUCUCUAUUCUCGAUUAUGCGGACGCAAGUUAUCUCGAUUUAACUGAAGACCAACUGAACAAACUUGAGCGAAUUCAAAAUAUUGCUAUUAGGUUCAUAUUUGGUUUGCGUAAAUAUGAUCAUGUAUCCGAAUAUCGUUUACAGCUCAAGUGGUUACCCAUUCGCUUUCGCCGGAAUCUGCAAACUGUAUCUCUUUUGUACUGUGUGUUGUUCAAUCCUUUGACUCCAAGCUACUUGAAGGAAAACUUUAAGUUUCUUGGUCAUGAUCGACCUGAUAGAGUUCUUCGGUCAGCCGGCGAACUAAUUCUAGAACCAUGUUCAUUUCGAACAAAAUUUAUGAAAUAUUCUUUUACGAGCCAAGCCAUAAGGUUAUGGAAUGAACUUCCACUCCAAAUUCAACGUGCUCAAACUUUGAAAAGAUUCAAAAGUGACGUCAAGAAGCAUUACCUAACACUUUGUGGUUAUUGA